GUUCGAAGACCAGAUGAGCGAGACAGUGUCCAUCCACGCUUCAAGUCUUCGCGAAUCACGCUGCCUUAUUCACGAUCGGCGAAUCCGGCCAAGCCUCGUGUAGAAACAUGGUGCAUGCACGGCGCUGACAUCGUGGGCGAUGUAACUGGUUCCCCGCCAUGCGUAACGUGCAUGAGCUGAGGCCAGGUAUCAACGAUUACUUACCACAUGGAGAAUUGAAGUAUAGAUCCAGUGUCUUCCCAGGCUUGCUUUCAUUGAUUCUCCUCUUCACACAUCCGUUUAUAUUCCCGCUCUCAUAGUCAUUUUCGUUGUGUAAUCGCAGUCAUUUCAACAGCAUGGCUACUCCAGAGGGGCAUCCUGAAAUCGACUGGGACAACUGGAAGCCUGCUGGACCAGGAGAUGUCCGUUCUCCGUGCCCUGCGAUAAACGCGCUGGCAAACCACGGUAUCCUGCCUCACGAUGGCAAGAACAUCACCAAAGCCAUGGCUGUCAAAGCCCUAACCUCAGCCUUGCAUUUGGACGCGACAACGGCGUCAGUGUUCGCUUGGGGAGGGGUUGCCGCAAAUCCGAACGCGGAAGAGCACAACUUCGACCUCAAUCACGUCGACAAGCACGGUUGGAUUGAACACGACGUAAGCUUGAGCAGAGAAGACAUUGCGUUCGGCAGCAACAGCGAGUUCAACAAGGAGCGCUGGGCCGAGGUGUGGAAGAUAUACAAGGAAGGCGCUUUGACGGAGGGCGGCGCAUCCGGCGUCGGCCCCGAGGAGACGAACUGGAAGAGCGCGAGCAAAGCGCGUUAUUUCCGUGUCAAGCAGUCCAAGGAGCGCCACGAGGCCGCUGGAAAGGAGUUCGGCUACGGAAUCAAGGAGGUCAUCCUCUCGUACGGCGAAUCCGCGCUGUUCCUCAACAUGCUCGGCAAGGAUGGCGCCGCCCCUCUCGAGUGGGUGCGGAUUCUGUUCGAGGAGGAGCGGUGGCCGUACAAAGAGGGCUGGCGGCCCCCGAAGAUUGUCGACCAGAGCAUGAUGAGACACGUCAUCACCAAGCUCAUGGAAGCGAACGAGGACAAAGCAGAGGAAGCCGUGCUCGUCGGCUUGGGAACGGUCCGCGCCUUAGAAGCUGCGGUGGCGAGUUUGAUCAAGGUUUCCAGCCCUAGUUACUGUUCCGUCAUGUAACGAGCACAUCUUGGACUUCGUUGCUCCGGAUGCAACGAGCGAGAGAGAGAGAGAGAGAGAGAGAGAGAGAGAGAGAGAGAGAGAGAG